GCUCCUAAACAAGCUGCUGUCUCUUCCUUUGGCUUCCUUUAGGGUUUCUGCUUCUGGAGUCGACUCUUCCUCGCACUUUCUCCCAGUCUUCUCAACCAUGGCUGAACAGACUGAGAAGGCAUUUCUGAAGCAGCCCAAGGUGUUUCUAUGCUCAAAGAAAUCUGGGAAGGGUAAGAGGCCUGGAAAGGGUGGGAACCGCUUUUGGAAGAGCGUUGGGUUGGGUUUCAAGACACCCAGAGAGGCAAUUGAAGGAACAUAUAUAGACAAGAAGUGCCCGUUCACUGGCAAUGUUUCUAUCAGAGGACGUAUUCUUGCUGGCACUUGCAACAGUGCCAAGAUGAUGAGGACCAUCAUUGUUCGAAGGAACUACCUUCACUUUGUCAAGAAAUAUCAAAGAUAUGAAAAAAGGCACUCGAACAUUCCAGCACAUAUUUCUCCAUGCUUCCGUGUGAAAGAAGGAGAUCAUGUUACUGUCGGCCAAUGCAGGCCAUUGUCAAAGACAGUGAGGUUCAAUGUGUUGAAAGUCAUUCCAGCUGGCUCUUCUGGUGGUGGGAAGAAGGCAUUCACGGGAUUGUGAAGAGUUUGGUCCUUAGAGGAUUAAAUUUUUGUAGGAAUUUGCUCGAUUUUUUUUUUUUUCCAUCGAUUUCUAUAUCUUUGGUAGUUCUCAGUACUUUUGAUGGAUGGAUUAGAAGUCUAUCUUAUGUUACUUUUCCUGAAACUUCUUGGUUGAGUGAUUUUUUAUGGAUAAGAUGUAUUUUCUUGAUUACAUGUUUAGGGGGAUUAAAAAUAAUAAUAUUUUCUUUUGCAAUGAUU